UCUCGUGUUAGUCUUCAGCUUUUUAAAUAUAUGUAUUUUAUGGGUUUAAACUUGCCACUUUGUUUGUGGAAUGACUAAAUUAUUCUAAAGGUAAUUUAAUUUUUACACAGUUAUGGAUAAGAGAAAGCCAAACAAUGAUGGUAGCUCAACCUCCAAUGGCAAAAAGAUCAAGAUGUCAGACAUUGCCACACAGAACAACUGGGGAAGACCAACAUUACCAACAAUAGAUCCAAACACUUACAACAUACAAAUUCAACAAUUGGACUUAGAUACAUAUUUGUCCCAAGAGCCUGUGGCGGGUAUAUAUGAUAUUCCAUAUGGAUGUGCUCCAGUGGUUCGCAUGUACGGCAUAACUGAAAAUGAACACUCUGUAUUAUGUCAUGUACAUGGGUUUCUGCCAUAUUUUUAUAUUCAAGCCAUGAAAGGUUUCAACUCAAAUGACUGCGACGAAUUCUGUGAAUGUCUCAACGAUGUUGUUUUACGUGACAUGAAAGGAAAUAAAGAAGUCAAAGUGGCUGUAGCAAAAGUUGAAUACUGCAUGAAGCAAAAUAUGUAUGGUUAUAACAGCCUGGGAAAAGUCCCAUUUCUCAAAGUCACUGUUGCAGUUCCACGACUUGUUGCCACCACACGAAGGAUUCUGAGAGAGGGUUUCAAAACUAAAAAAUACCCAACUCACAAUUAUCAAUCAUUUGAGAGCAAUAUUGAUUUUGAAAUUCGUUUUAUGGUUGAUACAAAAGUGGUUGGUUGCAAUUGGGUAGAAAUUCCAGCAGGAAAGUAUAAGGUGCGAUCUGGAUCAAACUGUGUUUCACAGGCUCAACUUGAAGUUGAUAUAAAAUGGACAGAUCUCAUCAGUCAUGAACCGGAAGGCGAAUGGCAAAAAAUUGGGCCAUUGAGGGUGCUGAGUUUUGACAUUGAAUGUGCAGGUAGAAAAGGCAUUUUCCCAGAGCCUGAAAUUGAUCCUGUCAUUCAAAUUGCUUCAAUGGUGAAGCGAGAAGGAGAAAAAGAACCGUUCAUUAGAACAAUAUUCACUUUGAAGAGCUGUGCUUCUAUUGUUGGCUCACAGGUUUUUUCCUUUGACUCAGAAUCUGAACUGUUACUGGCUUGGGUGAAUUUUUUGAAAGAGGUUGAUCCCGAUAUCAUCACUGGUUAUAACAUAGAAAACUUUGAUCUUCCAUACCUGAUCAACCGUUCGCAAGCACUGAAAGUAAAGGAGUUUGCCUAUUUUGGACGAAUAAAAAAUGUUCAAUCAAAAGUGAGGGAAACAAGAUUCCAGUCAAAGCAAAUGGGAAGCAGAGAAACAAAACAUGUCAAUAUUGAAGGCAGAGUGCAGUUUGAUGUAUUUGUCGCUCUUUUGCGAGAACAAAAGUUGCGUUCUUAUAGUUUAAAUGCAGUGAGUUUUCAUUUUCUUGGUGAACAAAAGGAAGAUGUCCACCAUUCCAUCAUAACAGAGUUGCAGGAGGGAAAUGAACAAACAAGAAGACGACUAGCUGUAUAUUGCUUAAAGGAUGCUUUACUUCCUUUACGUCUUCUUGAUAAACUGAUGCUUAUAAUUAAUUAUAUUGAAAUGUCCAGGGUGACUGGGGUGCCAAUGACAUAUUUGCUUACCAGAGGUCAAAGUAUCAAGGUUAUGUCACAAUUGUUGCGAAAGACAUCGGUGGAGGAUUUGUUAAUGCCAGUAAUGGAGAGCAGUGGAAGUGACGAGCAGUAUACAGGUGCCACUGUUAUAGAGCCUGUUAAAGGUUACUAUAAUAUUCCUAUAACAACUCUCGAUUUCUCCUCGUUGUACCCCUCAAUUAUGCAGGCUCACAAUUUGUGCUACACCACUUUGUUGAAAAACAGUAAGGAAAAGGAGAAAUUGCAGCCAGAAGAUUACAUCACUACUCCUACGGGUGAUACAUUUGUGAAAGCAUCUGUUAGAAAAGGAUUGCUCCCAAAAAUCUUGGAUAGUUUGCUCACAGCCCGUCGUAAAGCUAAGGCUGACAUGAAAGUGGAAACAGAUCCAUUUAAACGAAGUGUGCUGGAUGGUCGUCAAUUAGCCUUGAAAAUUAGCUGUAAUUCGGUGUAUGGUUUUACAGGUGCUCAGGUUGGAAAGUUGCCAUGUUUAGAGAUAUCAAGCAGUGUCACCGGCUUUGGUCGAAUGAUGAUUGAUCAGACAAAACAUCAUGUUGAGAAGAAAUAUACAAUUGAUAAUGGUUAUUUUGCCAAUGCUUCAGUUGUGUAUGGAGACACAGAUUCAGUAAUGAUUAAAUUUGGGGUAAAAACUGUUGCAGAAAGCAUGGAACUGGGCCGUGAAGCUGCUGGAUUUGUCUCUGAUCAGUUUCCUUACCCAAUUAAACUGGAAUUUGAAAAGGUGUAUUUUCCAUAUCUAUUGAUUAACAAAAAAAGAUAUGCAGGAUUGUACUUCUCUACUAGUGCUGAAGUUCAUGAUAAAAUGGAUUGCAAAGGUAUUGAAACCGUUCGUCGGGAUAAUGCGCCUCUCACUGCCAAUCUGAUCAACAGUUGCCUGCAAAAGCUUUUGAUAGAUAGAGACCCUGAUUCUGCAGUUGCAUUUGCAAAACAAACCAUUUCUGAUUUGUUGUGCAAUAGAAUCGAUAUUUCUCAGCUAAUCAUAACAAAAGAGUUGACAAAAACAAAAGAACAAUAUGCUGCAAAACAGGCUCAUGUUGAACUAGCUGAACGAAUGCGUAAACGAGAUGCUGGCAGUGCACCGCAACUAGGUGAUAGAGUUCCUUACGUUAUCAUCUGCGGUGCCAAGGGUCAAGCGGCAUACUUAAAAUCAGAAGAUCCCAUUUAUGUGCUCGAAAAUAACAUCCCUAUCGAUACAGAGCAUUACUUGAAACAUCAAUUAUCUCAACCCCUCCUUCGUAUCUUUGAGCCUGUUUUGGGUGAAGGAAAAGCGGAGUCAGUUUUGUUAAAGGGAGAUCACACUCGUGUCCGCAAAGUUGUUACCUCAAAAGUUGGUGGCUUGAUGGCUUUUGCCAAAAAGCGAGAGACUUGCAUUGGAUGCAAAUCGUUGCUCAAACACUCUGGUGCUGUUUGUGAUCACUGCGAAGAACGGGAAUCUGAGAUCUACCAAAAGGAAAUUCUAAAAUUGUCAUCUUUUGAAGAAAAAUAUUCCAGACUGUGGACUCAAUGUCAGCGUUGUCAAGGUUCACUUCAUGAAGAGGUUUUGUGCACAAGCAGGGAUUGCCCAAUAUUUUACAUGAGAAAAAAAAUUCAAAUGAAUUUGGAAUCUCAACGAAAAGUGGUAAUGCGAUUUGGUGAUUGGUAAAUUCUGUUUUAUCAUGAUAUAUUCCAAGAUUUAUGUUACACAAUUUUUGCGUAAAUCAUGAUUCAUGAUAUCAUUGUUGACGUGUUAAAUGUAACAGGAAAACUGACUUUUUGAAUAUUAAAGUGUAACAUUGAUUUUCUUUAAUACAAUUCCUUUGGUCGCUGGGUCAGUUUUGCCAGAUUUCUUGUAAUAUAGAAAAUUUGAUGUAAUGUGGGAAUAAUGACAUUAAUAGUUUUUUUUUCUGUUUUUUGGGGGGUUUGCUUACGUCUUCAUAGACAGUUGACAUAAGCAGGUUUAAUUAAUAUCUGCUAUAAUGAGUGUAUUGUUGAAAAAUAAAAAAAUUGUGAUAUCAUU